CUGUUUGAAAUUGGGCAGAGUUUGGUCCAUCGGUUUGCCGCAACUCGGAAGCAAAUCAACUGCGCUAAUUCGAAGUUUCUUUGAGAAAUUUCAUCGAGCACCUAUCGAUCAACAGCACCACACGACCAUCCCCCCCAAGCACUACGUGUCGCGCCAUUACAACCUCCAAACCCCACGUGUCCGUAUACUUAUCCCCUCCAUCUUUCAUGAUCGCCAUUUCCAGAGCUUAGUAAUCGCCGCUACACGCCGCCGACUUCGACUUCGACCGUCGCUAUCUAAAACAUUUUCCGGCAAUGCAGCGUUUCCGCCAUUUCCUAAAACCCAGCCACUUGAGAUACUUCUCCUCUGAGGCGUCCCAGCUGGCGAAUGCGGCUACCAUGGCCUCGCUGCUAAAGACCCGGUCCGUGAUCCGGUUCAGAGGAGCCGACACCGUGAAGUUCCUUCAGGGCUUGCUCACCAACGAUAUACGGAGCCUCGCGGAGCCUCCGGAGCAGGAUAAGGACAAGACCAGCUUGGCCACUUCAAACGUGCCCUUUACGACGCCGCUUCCUGUCUACGCUGCGCUCUUGACUCCUCAAGGAAGGUUCCUAUACGAUAUGUUUCUGUACAAACCGCCACAGUCCGAUGAAAAGCUCGAUAGCACGGGUUCAAUGCCCGGCCCCAGCCCGGGCGAGCUGGAACUCUAUGCUGAUGUUGAUAGGUCUGUGUUGGAUGAACUGCUGGAAACACUAAAAAAAUACAGAUUACGGUCUAAGGUUGAUAUUGAGAACUUGUCAGGUGAUUUUUGUUGUUGGCAAAGGUUUGGUAAAAACUUGGAGAAAUCCUCUGAAGAGCCUGAAGCAGAUACAGUCGGAUGGGGUGCCAGAGCUGAUCAUUCCAGUGAAUCAUCUGCAAGAGGAAAUAGCCAGGGAUGGUUAUGGCAUAGAGAUCCUAGAUUAUAUUGUCUUGGAUUUAGGGGUAUCUUUCCUUCUAACAUAGAACCACCUCUAGUUGAGGCAGGCAAAGAAACCAGUGAAGAAAAUUAUCUUCUAUGGAGGUUGGAGAAGGGGGUUGCUGAAGGACCAUCAGAGAUUCGAAAAGGUGAAGCUAUCCCACUUGAGUAUAAUCUGGCUGCUUUAAAUGCAAUCAGUUUUGACAAAGGGUGUUAUGUGGGCCAAGAACUCAUUGCUCGUACUCAUCACCGUGGGGUCAUUAGGAAACGCUUGUUUCCUCUCAGAUUUCUGGAUGAUGGUGGGAACGAGGUAGAAAAGAGAGUUGCUCCAGGGUCCGAUGUAAUCGAUGCACAAUCCAGAAAGAAAGCUGGGACUGUCACAACUGCACUAGGAUGUCGUGGUCUUGGUAUUCUGCGUAUAGAUGAUGCCUUAAAGGGUUCAGGUAAUUUGGCCAUACAAGGUCAGGAAGAUGUUAAGGUCCAGGCUAUUAAACCAAAAUGGUGGCCUGCCGAAUGGGUUGAUGAUCAUCAAGAGCAGACUGCAGCUACUUAAGAACAUACCUUUUUACAGGCUUCACCUCUCUUAAAGGUUCUGUUUAGUUCUCAAAAACUCAGAAAUAAUCUCUUGAAAGGGAAAAUAAUAGAACAUAUUCAGUUCUCUUUCUCUGAAUUCUGCAACACUGAUACUGAUUUAUCACCCCAGUUUCAUAGAUGCAGACCUCUUUAUAGCUAGGUCUUGUAAUAUUGUUUCUUUGCAAAAUGUUCUCUGAAAAACUAUAUCCCAUAUGUAUUAAAAUGUUUACAUGAAUUUAUUACCA